AUGGCGGGGAAGCAAGAUGGCAAGAAGAAGAAGAAGCAGAAGAAGCGAAGCAACCCGAGCGAUUCUGAUUCCACAGCCGACAAGGCCUCUUCCCCUUCAUCAUUACGUGUACCGAGAUCAAGUCGUCGACAACAGCAAGGGGAGCUGCUCUCGCUUCCGCGCUUCAACUUUUCCAUCCCUACAGAGUCGGUGGCGCAGGUCUUCUUCUUCCGCCACUACUCCAUGACGGGCGCGAACAGGUUCUACGCGAUGCAGAGCGCGACGUCGACGCCGACGGCCAAGAUGCUCGGGAUCUGGGCCGUGGGGCUGGCGGGUGUGGCGAAUUCCGAGAGGGACCAGGGCGUGAUGGCGCUGGCGAGGACAAAGUACGGUUUGACGCUACGUUCGAUUCAUGAAGCUAUUCGGGAGCGGGGGGAGGUGACGACGGAGUGUACGGUUGGGGCGGUGGUGAUGAUGGCUAUGUUUGAGAUUAUUGCAUGUCGGGAUAGUUUGUCGCUUGAGGCUUGGAUUUGCCAUAUUCAGGCGGCGGCGACGUUGAUACGGCAUUGGAGUGAGGAUGAGUGGAAGAAAACGAUUGAUGUGCGACCCUUUCUGCACUUGUUCUAUUUGCUGGCGAUGAGUUGUCUUAUUAGACGCGUACCUGUUCCUACUCACAUCUGGGAGCUUUGUCGCUCUUCUCCCGCGUUGAUAUCAGACGGGGAUUUGUUACCCGCUAGGCAGCUGUUCGGCAUAAUAUGUAGGUUUACGGAUAUGUAUUCAUUGGAGAAUACGGACCAGGUGACGAAAACCGCCGAGAUGGUCUCAACAGCGAUGAGCAUUGAAGGGGAGCUGCUAUCGUGGGAGUCAAAUCUCCCGCAUACAUAUAGAUAUACCGAUCCUGACAAGGGCCACGGACAUUCUCAUCACGUUUACGCAUGCUCCUUGCAAGCGUUCAUCUGGAACCAAUACCGCACAUGUCGGGUCCUUGUCCAUACCAUGCUGUUACGAUAUCUCGAUUCCCUCGCUUUACCUAUCACGCAGGCACAUCCCGUGCUGAUGGCGGCUUAUGCCUCGCAACGGGAAGCGUCGCGUAAGAUUCUGGCGACAAUGAUGCUCGACAUUCGCGGCAGCGCGUCGUAUAUCUUCGGGCUGUAUGAUACGACCAAGGCGAACAGUUCUUUGUCGCCUGAGCAUUCGGGGGUGUUUGGGUUGCUGGGCGCGAUACAGGUUUUGAUAGGUGUGGUAGAUAUCAGCGGUGAGGAUGCCGAUUGGUUGAGUGAGAUGCUUGAGGUUAUGGGGAGUCGGUGGGGGAUUGGGCAGGCUUUGGUGUUGGGAAGAUGUCUUAGGACGAGGAGUCGAGUGGGUUUAGAAUAUUGA